AGGGAGGACGCUCGGAUGGGUGCUGCCUUGUUUAAGCGUGGAAUGGAUGGGCCGGCGGUGCUGUCGAUGCCGCCGCUGACUUCUUCACAAAAAUCGGCGCAAUCGCCGCAACCGCAAUCGCAUCCGAAACAAAAUCAGGUGGGUACCGUGUCGCUUUACGGGAUCCACAUCGUGUCGCUGGUAAUCGAGGGACAGGAACGACUGUGCCUAGCACAGAUCAGCAACACCCUGUUAAAGCAGUUCAGCUACAACGAGAUUCACAAUCGUCGGGUUGCGUUGGGCAUCACCUGCGUGCAGUGCACGCCAGUUCAGCUUGAGAUACUUCGUCGUGCCGGGGCGAUGCCGGUGUCCUCGCGUAGAUGCGGCAUGAUUACUCGCAGGGAAGCGGAACGUCUCUGCAAGUCCUUCCUCGGCGACAACGCACCGCCCAGAUUACCUGAAGACUUCGCGUUCUCCGUACAUCACGAGUGCGCCUGGGGUUGCCGCGGGGCGUUUCUACCCGCUCGUUACAACAGCUCGCGUGCAAAAUGCAUCAAAUGCGCGUACUGCGGCCUGUUCUUCUCGCCUAAUAAGUUCAUCUUUCACUCGCACCGUAUGGGCCCGACGGACAAGUACGUGCAGCCGGACGCGGCGAAUUUCAACUCGUGGCGUCGGCACAUGAAGCUGUCCGGUACUCAGCCGGAUGAAAUCGUGCAUGCCUGGGAGGACGUUAAGGCGAUGUUUAAUGGCGGCACCAGGAAACGCUUGUUAGGCAAUUCGAACGGCUCCCGAGAAUCGCCGAGUCCAGCGAAGCAGCCCAGAUCGUCGCCGACAGGUGCCGCGCAGAUUUCCACCCUGGUGCCGACACCGGCGCAUCCCCGUGUACCGCCAUUCCCGGAACUACCCUUGCCGCUGUCCCGCAGUCUCGUCAUGGACUACGUAUGGCAUCAUCAGCAGGCGGCGGCGGUCGCUGCGGCCAAGACACCCAGCCCAUUCGCAUUUCCGUCCUACGCCCUGCCUUGGUUGGCCAAGCGGAGUCCCGUUCUGUUCCCCGGACCACUUCCGCCACCUAUAAGUGGUUCCAGCCCCACGGAACCGUUGAUUCCGACUGUUAAUCCACCAUUGCAUCAAUCCGCGUUCCGUCCGGUGAUUCGUGGGCCACCCAUCGUCGAAUCAGCGAUCCCAGAGCGACCAACGGACGCUAGUCAAAAGGAGGACAACUCCGACGACGAGGUCGACAUCGAGACAACGGAGGAUGACCCGGUAACGCCACUCAACGCGAGUCUUCAGAAUCUUCACUCGGCCUCGAAUUCCGCUAUGAGCAGCCAUAGCGGACGAAGUACAUCACCGCAGUGCUGGAGUCCUCCUCGAGAAACGGUGAGUUUCAGCUUAGGAAGCUCAUCGGGUGAUUUAUUGAGAAGUUUGAGAUCGUCGACAGAUUUAUAG